AUGCACGUCUCGCAGGCCCUCCUCCUCGCCAUCGCCGGCCUCGCAGCCGCGCAAACUUCCACCACCUCUGCUGCUGCCAGCACGUCCAGCGCGGCAGGCACCUCAGGCUGCGGAAGCCAGAUCGACGACAUCAUCGCCAGCUGUCUCGGCACCACGCAGACCCAGCUCGACGCCUGCACGACCAACGACUGGGACUGCAUGUGCGAGCAAUCCAACAACGUCUUGACGUGCUACAACAACUGCCCGAGCGACCCGCGUCGCAACGGCAUCGAUCAGCAGAACGUCUCGUACUGCAAUGCUGCUAAAGCGUACGUCUAUUCCCAUAUUUCACAGACUGUCCAUGGCAUUCGAUUCGAUCUACGAGAAUCAGCUUGA